UGUCAAUAUGCUGUUGUCACCGUUGGUGUUGAUCACAACAGUGUUGGCGGCUGUCGCCAGUGCCGCUGAUACACGACACCCGGAUUUGUUGCCACUGUCGCAACACGAUGCGGCAGCCAGAAACCCUGCAGAGCAGUCUGCUCGAUACUGGGUAGAUGAGGCUCAGGCUGGGAUCAAGUCUCGUCUUCAAUUAAACAAAAUCGAGGGCAAGGCACGCAAUAUAGUUAUGUUCCUGGGUGACGGCAUGUCGGUUCCGACGUUGGCGGCCGCACGGACCUUGCUAGGACAAAGGGAAGGUCGCACUGGCGAGGAAUCUCAACUAUCUUUCGAAGCGUUCCCAUCUGUUGGUUUAUCGAAGACGUACUGUGUAAAUCAACAAAUACCGGACUCGGCGUGCACGGCGACCGCGUACCUGUGCGGCGUAAAGGGCAACUACGGCACGAUCGGCGUGACGGCGGCGGUGCCGCGCCGGGACUGCGUCGCGUCGCUCGACAACAGCACCCAUGUCGCCUCCAUCGCCGAGUGGGCGCUGCAGGACGGCCGCGAUGUUGGUAUUGUGACAACGACGCGUAUCACGCACGCAUCCCCGGCCGGUGCGUACGCUAAAGUGGCUGAUAGAAAUUGGGAAAAUGACAAUAGCAUUGUACAAGAUAGACAGGAUCCAUUACUCUGUCGUGAUAUCGCUCACCAGCUUAUACAUAUGUAUCCAGGGAACCAAUUUAAGGUAAUCUUAGGUGGUGGAAGGCGUGAAUUUUUACCAAAUACAAUACGAGAUGAGGAAAAUACGAGAGGUAGAAGAACGGAUGAACGUAAUCUUAUUGAGGAGUGGCAAUCACUAAGAGCAUCACAAAAUGUCAGUUACAACUAUGUAUGGAAUAGAGAGCAAUUGAUGAACAUAUCUGAGUCACUGCCAGAAUAUCUUUUAGGCCUCUUUGAAGGUUCUCACAUGCAAUAUCAUUUAGAAGCAGACACUACUACGGAGCCAACACUCACCGAGUUAACUGAAAUUGCAAUAAGAUCUCUAAGUCGUAACGAAAAGGGUUUCUUCUUGUUCGUGGAGAGCGGCCGCAUUGACCACGGACACCACGACAACUACGCGCACCUGGCGCUCGACGAGACGAUCCAGCUGCACGCGGCGGUGCAGCGCGCCACCGAGAUGCUCUCCGAGGACGACUCCCUCGUAGUAGUUACCGCUGAUCAUGCCCACGUCAUGACCAUUAACGGGUAUUCACCACGGGGAAGCAGUAUCAUUGGGCGUUCUAAUCAGCAGGGCAGUGAUGGCGUACCGUACAUGACCGUCGCAUAUGCAAAUGGACCUGGCGCGCGUGGAGCUCGAGUUGAUGUCACAGCGGAUGAAAACUUUGGCGAUUUGCGGUGGAGAACUCAUGCAGAAGUACCGCGGAGCAGCGAGACGCACGGCGCGGACGACGUGGCGGUGUUCGCGCGCGGGCCGCACCACGCGCUGUUCACGGGCCUGUACGAGCAGAGCCGCAUCCCGCACCUCAUGGCCUACGCCGCCUGCAUCGGGCCCGGCCUGCACUACUGCAACGCCGCCACUUCUUUCAGUGGUUUACCAUAGUUCUCUAAAUAUAUUGUUAUUAUGUUUGAUACUUGCCACCUUUGCUAUAUUAUAUCAGUAAUUUAUCAUUUCGCGGUAUCGAAACUUUUCAUAUGUAAACACACAUCACAAUGUAAACAAACCUAAGUAAAUAGUAGCAAGCUCAUCAAUAUUUACUCUGAUAUCAAUUCCUU